CGCCGCCGCGGCCGCCUUCGUCUUUCUCUGUCUCGACUGAGGCAGCCAUCUUGCUCUUGCCGCGUGCUGGUGUUGGAGGAUCCUCCUUGCUUCAGAUUUACCAACAGCAUGAAUCAAGAAAAGUUAGCCAAACUUCAGGCUCAGGUCCGGAUAGGGGGCAAGGGUACAGCUCGCAGAAAGAAGAAGGUGGUACAUAGAACAGCUACAGCUGAUGACAAAAAACUUCAGAGUUCUCUAAAAAAACUGGCUGUGAAUAAUAUAGCUGGUAUUGAAGAGGUGAACAUGAUUAAAGAUGAUGGGACAGUUAUUCAUUUCAACAAUCCCAAAGUCCAAGCUUCCCUUUCUGCUAACACCUUUGCGAUUACUGGCCAUGCAGAAGCCAAACCAAUCACAGAAAUGCUUCCUGGAAUAUUAAGUCAGCUUGGUGCUGACAGCUUAACAAGUCUUAGGAAGUUAGCUGAACAGUUCCCUCGGCAAGUGUUGGAUAGCAAAACACCAAAACCAGAAGACAUUGAUGAGGAGGAUGAUGAUGUUCCAGAUCUCGUAGAAAAUUUUGAUGAGGCAUCAAAGAAUGAAGCUAACUAAAAUUUUUUCUGGUUUUUGGAAGCUGGCAUGGACUAGAUUUAACAAAUCAGCUAUGUGGUUCCAAAGUUUUACAGACAUGGAGAACAUCAGCUGUUACUAGUUCAGUAAUAUAAAUAUUUUGUAUAUUAAUAAUGCUGUUUGUUCAGCAUUUUUCAAUCAUUUGAUUUUGCAUUUUGCACUUCCUCCCAGGAUCUAUUCUUUUGGUCAAAAUACGAAGUGUUGGUGCAGUUUGAGGGUGUUUUGGGUUUUGAUUCUUGGUUUUUUUGUUUUGUUUUUUGUUGGGGUAUUUUUAGUGUGUGUAUGUGUAUGUAUGCGUGUGGGUAUGUGUGUAUACAGUGGAGAGCAAAUUGGAAAACAGUUUUAUUUAUCCUCCUCCUUACCCCAGUAGAAAUAAAACAAAUCUUUACAUUUGUUACUUUUUAUUUUUUCUAAUGAUGCACAGAAUUAAUGAAAAGUGAGUAUCUUGGAUUUCAAAUCUGAGGAGAUUUUACCCUUGGAGGUUUGGUUUUAAUUUGCUUCGUUAACAUAUUUCUCAUACAUUUUUCUGGGUUUAAAAUGUCUUGAGAUAUUUUGUCACCAGCUUCAUGCUGGCAUAAUGGGUAGCAUAUCUUUGGUGCAGUUGCCUUAGAUUCACUUACCUAGUUAGACCCAGAGGAAUUUCUUCUACUAGAUUUUGUCCUAAAUGCCUUGUUUUCUCCCCUUUUGGUCUCUAAAUGGCCUGGUUAGCCUUUAGUAAUGCUCUUCCUCAUCUUCCAUCUAGCCUGAGAAGAAUGUUCUCCAUAUAGAGUUAAGCGAGUGCCUAAUCCCUCUUUUUGUAAGAUUGUUCCCACGUCUUGAGGAACAACAGCUCCAUCUUCAACUUCUUAUUCCUUUGAUUUUACAGUUUGGUAGAUUUCAAACUGGAAUAGCUAGCAUGUGCUUGCUAAAUAAUUUUAUGCCAGCCUUAUCCUGUAUCCUAGCUGUUCUUAAUAGCAGGUGCAAAAAUGCCUCUUUUUCAGCAAGGUUGAAAUUGGGAAUGUCCUUUUGAAUCAGAAAAAAUGGGCCAUAGACUCAUUCCCCAGCACAAAUGGGCAUUCUAUGAAAUGGUACUGGCCCCAGGAGGAUUUCUUCAACCACUCCUCUACUCUUGGCCUUGAACCUACCUCUGGAUUGGAUCUUACUAUUGUAGCUGCUCAUAGCAUCCUCCUGCAUGCUUAGAGUAAUGCUUUGGGGGAACACUGGUAAAACACAGUAUUUAUUUUUUCACCUCCUUUCAGAAGACUUGGAGGUAAGUUGCAUUCAUUCAUUGACGCUUCCCUCUUGCCGUCCGAUGAUAAAAGCUUGCACUUUGUUAUAUCAGCAUUUGUUAUAGCCAAUAUUUAAGGAUAAGAUUUAGAAAGUCUAUCAUGGCCCAUCAUCAAACUAUGGCUUAACCUUGCAGCAUAUCAACUUUUGUUUCAAGCUAGAUAUCUUUAUUUGAUAUCUCUAGUGCAAGACCAACAUAUCAAGAGAUCUAUAGACACGAAGGCAAAGGUCUUGUGUUUUUUUCCAUCCAGACACCUCAAUUUAUUUUAUACAUUUGUUGAU